AUGUCGAUUGCCACCAGCAAGCCCGUCCUCGUCACAGGCAUCACUGGCUACGUGGCCGCCUGGGUCGCCCUUUCGCUUCUCCAGAAGGGCUACUCUGUUCGAGGUACCGUGCGAUCGCAGGCCAAGGCUGACGGGUUUGCGAAGCUGUCCCACUUUGAGAAGUACGUCAAGGAUGGCAAGCUCACCUUCACCAUCAUCGAGGAUGUCGCCACAAGCGACUUCUCAGAGGCACUUAAAGACGUCGAAGCCGUCCUGCAUACCGCCAGCCCGUUCCACCUCGGUGGCGGCGACCCCGAGGAGACCUACCUCAAGCCUGCCAUCGACGGAACGCUCAACGUCGUCAAGGCUGCCCACAAUGCUGGCACCAUCAAGAACCUUGUCAUUACCAGCAGCUUUGCUGCCGUCCUGUCGCUCGACGAUCCCAAGCUGCCCUUCAACGGCAAGGUUUACACCGAGGCAGACUGGAACAAUUGUACUUUCGAACAGGCACGGACGACGGAUAUUCCCGCCUUUGCCUACAGUGCCAGCAAGAAGCUUGCCGAAAAGGCCGCGUUCGACUACCAGAAGGAGCACAACCUUGAGGGCAAGAUGCACUUUGCGGCGCUGAACCCGCCCAUGGUCAUGGGGCCUGCGAUCCAGCCGCUGGACAAGCUCGACAACCUCGGCGAGAGUGCUGGCCAGGUCUGGAAGCUUGUCAGUGGACAGUGGGACAAGGAAAUCCCGCCGACGGGCUUCCCCCUCUUUGUCGACGUGCGAGACCUCGGCGAGGCACACGUCUUGGCCAUGGAGAAGAACAUCCAGGGCCGCGUUGGCGUCUCGGGCGGCAACUACGACAACCAGUCGAUCCUCGACCUCGCCCAUGCCAAGUUCCCAGACGAGUGCAAGGCGACAAAGGGAACGCCUGGCUCGAGCAAGAAGGACGACCCGGCCGUGUUCAAGAUUGACACAACAAAGGCGCAAAAGGAGCUUGGCAUCAAGUUCAGAGGCCACGACGAGACCUUUACCGAUGCCAUUCGCCAGCUCUACGACGACCGCGCUGCCGGCAAGGCUUGA